CUUGGACUUUAUCUCACAGUUUUAUCAAUUCUUUUCUUCACCAGCCGCAAUCUAUCUCCAAUCUCUGCUGCUUCAUCGAUUUCUCACCACCAUCCGAUCAUUAUUUAUUUCUAGGGUUUGCUUUCUCUCAGAUUCUUCAAACUUCAAUUUCCUCACUUUGUUAAUUCCUAUUAAUACAUUGACAAUUAAAGAGGAAACAAAUACGGCAGGGAAAAUGGUAUCGGAAGAUGAGUUCGAUAAGCACGACGCCGACAACGAACCAGGAGAGGAAGACGAAUUCUACAGCGGCGGUGACGAUGAUGCUGGGCCCAUCGCCGCUUCUUACGAUGAUUCAGAUGCCGAUGUUGCCGAUUACGAGUUCAUCGACAAUGAUUCAGAUGAUUCCGAUGAUCUCGUCUCUCAUCGACACCAGCAAAAUUAUACCAUUUUGAGUGAAGUAGAUAUUCGCCAGCAUCAAGAGGAUGAUAUCAUGAGGAUAUCUACUGUGCUUUCCAUCUCAAAGGUUGAAGCAAGCAAUCUGCUACGGUACUAUAGUUGGAGUGUCAGUAAAGUAAAUGAUGAAUGGUUUGCAGAUGAGGAAAAGGUUCGCAGGUCUGUCGGCUUAUUGGAGAAGCCUGUAGUUCCAUUUCCUAAUGGUAGAGAAAUGAUUUGUGGGAUAUGUUUUGAAAACUAUGCUUAUGAUAGGCUUCAUGCUGCUGCAUGUGGUCAUCCUUUUUGUAAAUCUUGCUGGACAGGUUAUAUUAGCACAGCCAUCAAUGAUGGUCCUGGAUGUUUGAUGUUGCGGUGCCCUGAUCCAUCCUGUGCUGCUGCUGUUGGUCAAGAUAUGAUUAGUGCAUUGGCUUCUGAAGAAGACAGAGAGAAGUACUUCCGUUAUUUAAUUAGAUCUUAUGUUGAAGACAAUAGGAAGACCAAAUGGUGUCCUGCACCAGGGUGUGAUUAUGCUGUGGAAUUUAUUUUGGGCAGUGGAACUUAUGAUGUUACUUGUCGCUGCUCAUAUAGCUUUUGUUGGAAUUGUGCUGAGGAAGCUCACCGUCCUGUUGAUUGUGGCACUGUAGCCAAAUGGAUACUGAAAAAUAGUGCAGAGUCUGAAAAUAUGAAUUGGAUAUUGGCUAAUUCCAAGCCUUGUCCAAAAUGCAAGCGUCCAAUUGAGAAGAACCAGGGGUGUAUGCAUAUUACAUGCACACCACCAUGUAAAUUUGAAUUUUGCUGGCUUUGCCAUGGUGCAUGGUCAGAACAUGGUGAGAGAACUGGUGGGUUUUAUGCUUGCAACCGUUAUGAGACAGCAAAGCAAGAUGGUGUGUAUGAUGAGGCCGAGAAACGAAGAGAGAUGGCUAAAAAUUCUCUGGAGAGAUAUACUCAUUAUUAUGAACGAUGGGCAACGAACCAAUCGUCUAGGCAAAAGGCAGUGGCAGAUCUACAGCAAAUGCAAUCUGUGCAUCUUGAGAAGCUGAGUGACAUACAGUGCCAACCCGAGUCACAGCUGAAGUUCAUCACUGAGGCAUGGCUACAGAUAGUAGAAUGUAGGAGAGUUCUCAAAUGGACAUAUGCCUAUGGAUAUUAUUUACCAGAACACGAACAUGCUAAAAGACAGUUCUUUGAAUACUUACAAGGUGAAGCCGAGUCUGGGUUAGAACGACUUCAUCAAUGUGCAGAGAAGGAGCUGCAGGUUUACCUCAAUGCAGAAGGCCCAUCAAAAGAUUUUAACGAGUUUCGGACAAAACUUGCUGGAUUGACUAGUGUGACACGGAAUUACUUUGAGAAUUUAGUUCGAGCUCUAGAAAAUGGUCUAUCAGAUGUGGACUCCCGUGGAGCCUGCAGCAGGAUGGGCAGCUCAAAGGGCAUGGUAGGUGGUAGCAGUAGGGGAAGAAGUGGGAAGGGCAAAGGUUCAACCUCUAGACCCAGUUGCUCCAACAGAAAUAUUGACGACUCCGGCCAUUGGUCCUGCGAAUACUGUACAUUCGCAAAUGUCAAGUCAGCCACCUUUUGCGUAAUGUGCCAGCAGCGUCGAUAAAUAUCAUUGGCUGUACCAGAUCCUAUCUGGCUUCGCCUCUUGAUUCAUGUCUCCAAUGGCAUAGGACUUUAGAGGAUUGCCAAAGGGAGAGCAAAAAAAAAAGGUUUUUCCACUUCUCUUUCCAUCUCUUAAAUCGAAUUUGCCGUGAUGCAGCACUGUGGAACUGAUAUCGGGAGAAGGGGUGUGUUUAUCUUACGUGAAUUGUAUAUAUAUAGUUAUACCGUGUAGUUACGAAAACCCUUCAACUUGGCUUUUCUUCAUAUGGCAGGCGUCUGUCCAAUGUAUUCUUAAGUUAUUUCUAGGGUCAAUGGAUUUCGGGUUUCAAGCAGACUGCAAUGAAAUGCGACGAUAGGCUGCACUGUGACCGUCUGUGAUGAUAAAUAAUUUGUUGUUGUAACCAUUUUAAUCAUAUGGGGGGCACUAAAUUUCCGACGUGCAUGUGUUGUAUGUAUAAUUUCGUCAUAUUACUUGUAGAUUGGUUUCCGAUGGUGUCGAACGUUAGAAAUUGAGUGGUGUUUCCGUUUAUUUUCCGGUGCCGUUUUUUUAAUAAUGUC